UAUUGAUUGCAUGCAACAUACCUUCAGCUCACAAAGAACUAUUAUAUACUAUCCCAAAACAAAACAGAGUCAAGCCACUUCUCCCACUUAGAAAAACCUUUGCCACAAUGCACUUUUCCACUCUUGCCCUUACCGCCACUGCGGCGCUGACUCCCCUCGUGCACGCCGUUGGCAAUGCCAUCGUGCACAACAACUGCCCUCAACCCAUCUACGUCUGGUCCGUUGGCUCAUCCAUCGGUCCCGAGAACACCGUCAACCCAGGCUGCGAAUACUCCGAGGUCUUCCGUACCGACCCCAGCUCGGGUGGCAUUGCUAUCAAGAUCACUCGCACUGAGAACGGUCUGUAUGACGGUAGUGCCCAGACGGACUUCGCGUACGCUCUUGACAAUAACGGCGUCUAUUAUGAUCUAUCGGAUGUCUUUGGAGAUCCUUUCUCGGGCACUUCGGUGGUUGUGACUCCUUCGGAUACUUCCUGUAGAACGAUCGAUUGGUCCAACGGUAUUCCACCGUCGGGGAGUCAGGUGAAGGUCUGUCAGUCGGGAACGAAUUUGACUCUGACGACUUGUUAAGUGGUUUGGAGGAGAAGAGAUUAGUGUAUGUGUUUUCCUGGUCUACGUGAAUAAGUCCCAUCAUCCGGGGAAAUAUAGUGCUGACUGAAAUCAGCAAUAUCAAGUGUACUGAAGGAAGUGAUGGAGAGAGACUACCUCUUGGUCUAUGAGAAUGAGAUUGGAAGGAGUGGAUUACAUAUGUAACAUGCAUUCAGCUAAUACGGAGAAAGAAAAUAAAAAGAGAGAGAGAGAGAGAAGCGAAAGCUCGGUUACUCAAUCAUUUAUACAGUCCCUAAUAUUAUCUACCGAUCAGAAAUGUCAUACGAUGCAUUGGAGAUCUCACGCAACAUAUGAUUCUAUCAGGAACUAAAAAUAUAAGGCUAGCUAGCUUAGAUGUAGUUCAUAUAGUGAUUUUCUGCUGAAUCCUCAUAAGGUUUUCCAUGUCUUCUAGUGUAUGAUAACUACUUGGAUUCUCAAGUUAUCCGACUAUUGUAACGGCCCGCAG